AGACGGCGCGCGCCCGCGGCUGGCCCUCGGCGGCCCUUGCCCCGCCGGCCCUGCCGCCAUGGCGUUGCCGGGCAUGGCGCAGCACGCGCCGCCGCCGCGGGAGUCCCCGGGGCCUGAGCUCUGCCGGCCCCAUCACCGGCAACCCGGUCCGGAGGCAGAUGGCGGACUCGUGCGCCAAGCUGGGCGCGCCGGAGUCCCUGUGCCAGAAUGGCUUCCGCAGGUACUUCACGGACUCCGCGGGCCUGGUGCCCGUGCAGGGGAGGCGGGCCGUGGAGCACAUGGAGAACAGCUUGGUCCACAGCUGGAAGUCCACGCGGCGGCCGGUGGCGAUGCCGGGCGCGGACCACUACGAGAAGCCCGAGGGCAUCCGGCAGGUGCCGGAGCCGCCCCGCACCAUACACGCCAUCAGGGAGAGGCGCCACCUGCGGCAGCUGGAGUCCAAAGAGGAGUUUUCCGACCGCCCGCAGGGCGUCGGCAUCGUCCACCGCGAUGGCGGGCUGCGGGCCCAGGACCAGCCAGCCCGCGAGGUGGACGUGAGCGCGGAGAUGGCGCGGAAGGCGAGGCCGCUGGACCUCUGGAGCCAGAGGAACGGCAUCCCGUGCGCGUCCCAGGGGGACAAGUCCUACCGCCACCCUGAGUACAACCCCGGCUUCUACGCGGCCGGGGAGCUCGUGGUCGGCAGCAGCUUCGCGCGCGGGCCGCAGGCGUGCGUGUACCCGAAGCAGCUGCCCGCGGGCCACUCGGGCCUGAGCCUGCAGGUCGGUGCCCCCAUGGUGACGUACAAGGAGAAGGAGCAGAGCAGGCUGCAGAGGGAGGCGAGGUCGGAGGUGGAGGACCGGCGGCGCUCGCAGUGUGUGUGUGAGCGUCCUGCGGGAGUGCGACGAGACCUACAACGAGCCCCUGGACUCCGACGACGAGGGCUGAGGGCCAGCUGGCCCGCCCGCGCCCGAGCCGGCCCGCGGCAGCGCCCGGCGCCCCCCGCCGAUCCGGCGGAGCGGCUGCAUCAUUCCGAGCGGGCCCGACGGGAGAGGGGAAGGGGCAGUGGCGAGGGAGGCCCCUGGCCGCGUGAGGCGCAGGGCCUCCUUGAGGAUCCUGGCGGGGCAGCCCCCGAGGGGCGCCCCGCCACCGUCUCACCCCUGUCCCCUGCCGCCCUCCGGACGCGCUGCCCGCCGAGCGCGAGGUCGGCAGGCGAUGCCCCCCAUCGUGCGCGCGCCCGUGCCCCGCUGGAAGCCCUGCGGUGCCGGCUCCGCCGAGGGGUGGGGGGGCCCGUUCCCUGCGGGGGAUGACCUUCUCCUCCUUCUCCUCCUCCACUUCCUCCUCCUCUUCCUCCUCCUCCUCCUCGUAUGCGGGGAUGUGCCUGUCUCUAUCUCCCUAGCCUUGGUCAUGACCGCCCUCCAACGCUGGGCUCCGGAGCUCGCCCGUGUGCUGGGGCGCCUCCCUCCGGCGUGCCGCGAGAAAGUGAGAGCACUUCCUGCCGCUCUGUUCUCCCCUGCUCCUUGCUGCUGCUGCUCCACCUCCGCCUCCG